AGAACUUUGGCCGAGCAGUCCCCAUCUGGAAUGUCAACAGACAGUGACCAACACCACUGAGCUUUCAUCAUGGUUUCCCAUUCCCACAGGCUCGCCUUUCUCUGCUGCUUGCUUGGGUUUCAGCGAUCUCUGACUGCAGUCUUCAUAAACCAGGAAGAUGCCCACAGUGUCCUGCACAGACAAAGGCGAGCCAACACGUUCUGGGAAGAACUCAGGCCGGGGUCCCUGGAGAGAGAGUGCAAAGAGGAACAGUGUUCCUUUGAGGAAGCCAGGGAGAUCUUCAAGAACCCCGAGAGGACCAAGCAGUUCUGGGUGACUUACAAGGAUGGAAACCAGUGUGCGUCAAAUCCGUGCCAGAAUGGGGGUUCCUGCGUGGAUGAGUUCCAGUCUUACAUUUGCUUCUGCCUUCCUGAUUUCAAUGGCCGGAACUGUGAGACAAACAAAAACAGCCAGCUGCUCUGUCUGAAUGAGAAUGGGGGCUGCGAACAGUACUGCCACAACGACGUGGAGGCCCAGCGCUCCUGCAGCUGUCAUGAGGGGUACACCCUCCUGGACGAUGGCAUGUCCUGUGAGCCCACAGUUGAAUAUCCGUGUGGAAAAAUACCUGUUCUGGAAGGAAAUGACAACACCUCCCGAGGCCGAAUUGUGGGCGGCAAGGUGUGUCCCAAAGGGGAGUGUCCGUGGCAGGCUAUGUUAAAGCUGAAUGGGGAGCUGCUGUGUGGGGGGACCCUGCUUGAUGCCACCUGGGUGGUCUCCGCAGCCCACUGUUUUGACAGAUUCAACCUAAGACACAUGAAGAAUUUAACAGUGGUGUUGGGUGAGCAUAACUUGCGUGAAGAAGACGGCCAUGAACAGGAACGGCGAGUUGCUCAAAUCAUAAUCCCUGACAAGUAUAUUUCAGGCAAGACCAACCACGACAUCGCCCUGCUCCUCCUGAGGAGACCGGUGAACUUCACCGACCACGUGGUGCCCCUCUGUCUGCCUGACAAGAAGUUCUCUGAGCAAACGCUGGCCUAUAUCCGGUUCUCCACCGUGAGCGGCUGGGGGCAGCUUCUCCACGGAGGUGUCACGGCCCUGGAGCUCAUGACCAUAGACGUGCCCAGACUGAUGACCCAGGACUGUAAGGAGCAGACGCGGAGGACUGCAAACUCCCCAGUGGUGACAGAAAACAUGUUCUGUGCCGGCUACCUGGACGGGACCAAGGACUCCUGCAAGGGUGACAGCGGAGGCCCCCACGCCACCAAGUACCACAACACGUGGUACCUGACGGGGAUCGUCAGCUGGGGCGAGGGCUGUGCGGCCGUAGGCCACGUUGGGGUGUACACCAGGGUGUCUCAGUACAUCGAAUGGCUGAGGAGGAUCAUGAACUCGAAACCGAGCCCAGGCCAUGUCCUGCGGGCCCCUCUUCCCUAGCUGCUCACCCUCUGCCCUAGGGAUCAAUUUCCAUGUGGAAAUAAAGUUGCUGCUGCUUGGA